UCCACCAUGGCGAAAUUUUUAAGAUGGAAAAGAAUGUUAUGCCUCUUCUGAAAUCAGUAUAAAAACUUUUCAUACUUCAUAUAUGACAAGAUGAACUAUAUAUUAAUAGACUUGAACUGGCCUUUCUCGAGAUGAUAUUUCCUCAACAGUUAUGAAACAAUUCUAACAAUGUGAAAACCCAUUUUUCAUUAUCAAAAAAUAAUUACUUGGACUAACCCUAAACACUAUAAAUACCUAUAGUCGCAGAGUGAAGGCUCUACCGGCAAACGUGAAAAAGUACCCUGCCAUGCAUCGUACGAUAGGCCAAUUUCAGUUGAACUUCCACCUAUAAAAGCAAAUCCCACGCUCAAAAUGUUCAUUUACAUGUCUUGCGCUAUACAGCGAUCAAAUGGAAACUGUAGGAUUUUGUAAAAGAUACUGAUGCACGAAAUUUGUGAAUAUCCGUAAAAAAUGAGCAUUUAGAGUGCAUGCAUAAGAUGGUUGCGUUUUUUAAACAUCCUGGUCUGUGUACACGAUCCAAUUUUGUCGGAUCAAUAACAAACUAUAUUCCAUACGUCAGAAGUGAAUUGUUCCGACAAAAUUGGAACGUGUGAACGGCCCUUUAUUACUUGACACGACGUUAAAUGGCGCAGAAAAAAUGUGAUACUACCUCGAACGUUGCACUGUCGUGUAUAUUUCGGACUUGUAUGUAUGUAUAUCUCACUCAUUUCAAUUGAAAAUUUUCUCCAGUUUCCACUUGUUCUUCGAUGUGACUGGGUCUUGGUUUAAGGCACAACUUAAUUGUGUGGCCAGCAUCGAUAAGUGGGGGCGACAUAUUUAUAUAUUCAUGUUUAGUGACCGUUAAAAACAAUCAAUUUAAUUAAACACCAAUAUUUGAACGCGAAUUUAACAAUUUUUCAAUAAAAAUGGCAUUUAUUAUUUCAUCAAAGUACUGUUUCGUGGCGUCUUUUGAUUUCGUGCAGGAGAGGUCGGCAGAUUUUUAAAGGCAUUUCUAGCUUGUCCAUCGAUGUCAGUUUUUUGGGAUGAUAAUUUCGAGUGAGGUCACUACGACAAAAUGGACGGAAUCGGGUUAUUCGGGUGACAGUCAAGGCAUUAAUGCUGACUCGUCCCCAGUCGCUUUGGUGUUACGCAAACAAAUAAUUAUAAUGAAAUUAUAUAAUGGCGCGUCAACGCGCGGAGGAACGCGCGGAGGGUAAUGGGAAGGCGAAGGUCACUGAUCUAUAAAUAUCACUACUGAUCAAUAAAUGUCCAACCACUGAUCUAUAAAUGUCCAACUAAGGGACUGCGGAGGAGUCAGGCAUUAAUGGUGAUAAAUAUCCGUUGAUAAGACGACAAGGUGUGAACACGCUUUGCAUAAAUUUGCUCGAAAAAUUCGACUACAUCCACUACGUUAAAUGAGGUCUAAGAUUGUAUAUUAUAUAUCUCUCGACUCAGUAAAGUGAUUGAUUUUUUAUAUAACAUAUUUAAUAACGGUGUCGUUAACUUAGCUAUUUACAAUUAUUGAUAAGAAAAAAUGUUAGAAACACUGUAAUAAUGUAUAUUAUACAACACAGUAUACAAAACUCAAAAGUUAUAAUGCAUAACGAAUGAGGCGCGAGGCGGUAUUUAUUAUAGGAGCAGUUUCAAUUAAACACGACAUUACUUGUGGUUGGCAAAUAAUCCGUAAGUUUAUUUAAUCAUGACUUAUUAUCACUAUACUGAAUAUUAUCUGCAUGGUAUGAAUAAGUGACACAAGUAAGAAAAGGUCUAGGGUUGCUGGGUAAAGUAUUUCAAAUCACAUUUGCCUCAAUCGUGAACCGGCUGCGAGUGCUUAAACGAACUCUGUCUCUGGGUCUCUGCCACGAAUUAUAGUUUGUUGAAGCCGCGUGCACGAUCACAGAAUCCAAUGCAUAACGAAUGAAACAUACAAUAAAAAUAAACGCUAUAAAAAAUCUAUAUUUUUGUAUAAUUAUGUAAAAAUGUAUAUUUAUGGUAUAAAUAGUAAAAUAGGUUUUGGCGACUUGCGAUAUAUUAUUGCGACUCACUUGAAACGUAGCUAGUGCAGUUAAAGGACUAAUUGAAACAAGAAUUAAGAAUUUAUGACGAAUGUAAGAAUUAAAGACGACCAGACGAUUUAAAACGACAACCUUCAUCCGACAACUCAGCGAUGUUUGUCUGUAAAUGGUAAAAUUGAUAUAUUACAGAUUAUACAAAUUAUUGUAAGUGGCCAAGGAAAUGUAUCAAAAUGUCGCAUGAGCCUACAUUUCGAAGAUACAACGAUAUUAGUAUUACUGAUUUAAAGGACGAUUCGGUUCGAAGCGACGAGUUCAAUUUGGUGGCACGCAUGAAUAGAUCUAGAUAGUCAAGAUAAUUAUAAAACGGCGAUUUGUACUUGAGUCUAGAGAAUAAUUUCAAUGACAAAAUAUCUGUGAGUCUUUGAGGCCAAUAAUCGUUGAGCCAAUAGCUGGGUUUCAGUCACGUGACAGAUUUAGCACUUGGUGGUCGACUCCAGAUGGGAAAAUAUUUAUCAAAUAGAGUAAGAUAUUCAUCAGUGUAGGCUUUGACCUAAUAUUGAGUAGAUGUUAUGUGCAAUUUAACAAAAUUUGCACACUUCCAAUAUGUGUGAAGAACACAUAGCCAAGUGUUUCGCUAUGUAUUAGUCUUGAGUGAAACCCACCUAUAAUGACAAAUUCUAGCCAGGUCACCUCUCAAAAACCUUAACCAGCCGACAACCAAGUUUAAAAAAGUAAAGAGACGAACAAAUUCUGAGUAAACCAGUGUUGCUAGAUUACUGAAUAAAUUAGCCAAGUAUAUUACCAUAUUCGUUGUUUUCUUUGUUUGAAACAAAGAAAUCAAAGGGCCGACUAUAACAAUAUUUUGCUUAAUAUAGGAAUAAUAUAAAUGAUUCAAAUAGAGUCAUCUUCAGACAGUUCCAAUUGCGUCUUGUAGAACUCAUAUAUUGCAUUCUCAAGAUGUCUUAGUACUCGGAACUUGUUUAAUUUUACCCCCCAGUCCCGGAGCUUGGCCAUGCAUGCCCAUAGCAGAGCAUCGUUUUUCUCUCUCCAGCCUAGUAGGCGAUAUAAAACGAAAACCAUCAGCAUAGCGGGACUACAUCUUCAGGCUGACUAUACGUUACUAUUUGCUACAAAGUUAAAGGUACUAAUUUUUAUUGCAUAGUUUGUUUAGUGUAGCAGCGCAAGAAUCUUCAGAAAUCGUUUGAAUGACAAAAUGUUAAGACGAAGAGUUUUCUCAUGUGCGUUAUCACUGGUGAUCAUUGUUCAAACCGCAUUGAUAAUUACAGUCGGAUUUUUCCUGCCGAAGCUGAGCCGUGUAUUCGUCGGAGUGUAUGACAAGAAUUUCAUACAUGUAAAUAACAUACAUGCAAUUGAUAAAGGAACGCAACAGAAUAUUCUAUAUAAAAAUGGUCUCCAUAAUCAAACAGCUGAUAUAGGAUACCUUAUCCCAAAGAUAAGCGAAAGUUUUGGACGCAAUCUGCAAAUAAAUUUCGGUGAUGGUGUUCAAUCAAAGCUGACAUUUGAUUAUGCAGAAUUGCAUAUCCCUGCAAAAAUUAGCAGCUACUCAGGAAAUCAACGAACAAACAGGUCAGAAACGUAUAAAAAAUACGUUUUUGUUCAUUCAUCGUACACAGAACAAAUGUCAAUGAGUAUGUUAAGUGUUCUAAGUCUUUGUGGACAAGCCCAAUUUGGUGGAAGGAGGGUUGUGAGACCAUUUAUUUUUAAAUCCAGAUUUGUCAGCACUGAAAAUGGUAAAUCAUUGGGCACUCUUUUUGACUUGAAAUACUUGGAUGAAUUAUUAGACCAUGCUGGAUAUGCACCCAUGGUUAGUAAAAAGGAAUACGUUUCUGAAUGCAAACCAACGGAUCCCAACCAUGUGACUGUACAUUUUCUUUAUCUCGGGGAUACGACGAAGCAGUGGAACAAACGUUAUUUUAGAAAUUUUAAAAUGACGGACGAAUAUUACGACUCUAUCUUCGAGAAGACAAAAUCAAAAGGGUGGGUAGAAUGUAUGUUUUUAGACAAAUCUAUGGGUUUAGCUCCUAGCAAGAAACAAUUCUGCAUUAAUCCAGCGAUUAUAAAAGAUUGGAAAGUAUUUGAAAGGGAUAUUGUCGGUGGAGCAAAAUGUUUGAAUAUUUUACUAUGGAGAGGAAUAGGUGGUGGUGUGUAUCGAAGCUAUUUCACGGAAAAUGAUUUGAGAUUUCCUCACUACGAAAUUCAUUUUGCCUUAAAACCAAGCGAGCCAGUCCAACAAGAAGUAGCGCGUUUUCGAAAAAGAUUUCUACCUGAUCGUUUUAUAACAGUGUAUGUACGCUCUGAAUUUAUACUUAAACCCCAUGGAUUUAAUUUUGAAUUUCUUAAAAAAUGCAUCGAUGUUAUUGUUGAUGUUGCAAAUGCACUUAAAGCAAUGUCAGGGAUAUCCCAUGUGUUCGUUGCAUCUGAUAUGUCAAAGUACGGUUCUGCAGUGCUUUCUAACUACGCGAAUAAAGCAAAAGAAAAAAAUCCUUUUCCAGAUAUUUAUAAAUCUUUAAUAUCGAGAGUUGGCGGGACGGUUUAUAACUACAACGCAACCUCCAGUUUUGUAACAGAACGUGAUUCCAUUGCGCUGGUUGAUCUUACGCUUCUUACGCAAGCGCAGUAUCUCGUGACAGCCGGAGAUGAAACGAUGUCUUCAUUUGUUCGCUGGGUGGCUGGGAAAUUUCUAGCAAACCACCGUGAAGAUAAAGAGUUGUGGUCUAAAAUUUCUGUUUGUAAUAAAUAAUAAUACUAUACUAAUUUUUAUAGGCUUUAUAAUUAUUCACAAAACCAGAAUAAUUAUUGGCAACCCAGAAUGUCUUCUGGAUUGAAAGGCCUGGGGAUUUUGUAUAAAACUUUUUAACGACAUUUUAACCGUUAUUAGCUAAGUAUAUUGUACAAAAUGUUAAGUGUGUAAUAUAUUAUUACCAGGUACGCCGGAACAGGGGAGGGCAGCUGCCCCCUUGCCUUUUACCAGCAGGGGCAAAUGGGGAAGUACAUGCACCCUUUCAUUUCAAGGAUUACUGAAAAACGUCAGGACACCGAAAUCUUCUUGGAGUGAUAA